AUGUGGGACCCAACUGCAAUCAGUUUUACGAUGCUAGAGACACAUGAACAUUUCAUACAUGGGAUCAUUCAGGCAAGGGAUAACAGUACUGUUAUUCAUUUUUCAGCAAUAUAUGGGCUUCAUACUGUUCCAACAAGAACGGAUCUAUGGAGGAAAUUAAAGGAAAUAGAUGAGCUAAUGAUUCACCCUUGGUUAAUAAUGGGGGACUUUAACUCAGUCCUAGAUGUGGAGGAUAGAGUACAGGGAAGUGAGAUACAGGAAUAUGAGACUAGGGACUUCAGGAGGUUCAUAGAGGAAUGUGGCAUCACUGAACUUCAAACAAGUGGGAGACUAUUUACAUGGACUAAUAACCAUGUAUAUAGCAGAAUAGAUAGAGCACUAGUAAAUGCACAAUGGAUGAGUACAAUGCCUCCUUCACUGGUGCACAUAAAUGAUCCUUACUUCUCAGAUCAUUCCCCUUUAUGCAUUGAGGUGGAACAAGAAAGCAUUAGCAGAAAGAAGCCAUUCAGAUUCCUAAAUUGCUUGGCAAAUCAUGCUGAAUUUGAAGAGAUUGUGAAGAGCAGCUGGUCAAUUCACACACAGGCAAAAGGAACGAUGACUAUUUGGUUCAAACUGAAGAAGGUUAAAGGAGCUCUGAAGAAGCUAAACAGCAGAGAGUUUAUAGGAAUGGAGAAUAAAAUCAAAAGUAUAAGGGAUAGGCUGAAGGAGUUACAAACACAAAUGAGGGAUAUAAACCACACCACAACACAGUUUGAGGAAGAGAAGGAAUUAAAACAGCACCUGGAAAAGUGGAGCUUAAUAGAAGAAAGCAUAUACAGACAGAAGUCAAGGAUACAAUGGCUCAAGCUGGGCGACUCUAAUUCAGCAUACUUCUAUGCUAGCAUGAAAGGGAGAAGAGCACAAAAUUAUAUAAAGCAACUAACAUCCACAACAUGGAGAUUACUGCUGAAACCUGAAGAGAUACAAGAAUAG